AUGCUAAGACUAGACAACAAAGUCGUCUUAAUCACCGGCCUCGGCCAAACCUCAAACGAAGGCUGGGGUAUCGGCGCUGCAAUAGCAUGCAAUCUCGCGAAACAAGGCGCACUCAUCUUCGGCGGCAACAGAUCAUUAGCAUCAGCACAGCUCAUAAAAUCUCUCAUCGAGGAUGCUGGCGGUAUAUGCGACGUCCAGGAGACAAAUGUCACCGAUUCGGUAUCGGUCAAAGCAUUGGUAGAUGCCUGCAUGCAACGUUAUGGUCGCAUCGGUAUCCUCAUCAACAACGUCGGUAAAUCCGAACCGGGUUGUCCAGCGACAAUGGUUGAGGCGGUCUGGGACUCUCAGGUCGAUCUGAAUUUGAAAAGCGUGUACUUGACUUGUCACCAUGUCCUACCCAUCAUGGAGAAGCAGACAACCGGUGACUCGGUCGUUAAUGUUUCCAGCAUCGCUGGAUUACGAUAUAUCGAAAAACCACAGGUCGCAUACUCUGCAACCAAGGCAGCCAUUAUGCAAUCCACAAAAGCUACUGCUGUUAUAUACGCUGGGAAGAAUUUGAGAUUGAAUACAAUUGUGCCGGGUUUGAUAUACACACCGUAUACACAGGAAAUGGCUAAACGAUAUGCACCCGGAGGAGAUGAGGGGGAGUAUAUGCGUAAAAGAGAUGGGCAAGUUCCUAUGGGCCGUAUGGGAGAUGCCUGGGAUGUGGCUAAUGCAGUCUUGUUUCUUGCUGCUGAUGAGUCCAAAUACAUUACCGGACAGGAGUUAGUAAUUGAUGGUGGGAUUACUUCAUCGACAGGAAGGGUAUAG